AUGAAGAAGAAGAACAAGGAAGACCUCUACAAGGAGAACAAACUGGAGGCAUCGAAAUUAAGAAUUGCCAUUGUGAGCACGGAUAAGUGCAAGCCCAAGAAGUGCCACCUAGAGUGCAAGAAAAAUUGCCCAAUAGUAAAAACGGGAAAGUUCUGCAUAGAAGUGGAACACGCAUCGAAGAUAGCCUACAUAAGUGAGACCCUCUGCAUUGGCUGUGGUAUAUGUGUGAAGAAGUGCCCCUUCGCUGCCAUAACGAUUAUAAACCUACCAAAGGAUAUAAACAAAGACGUUGUGCAUAGGUAUGGACCGAACACAUUCAAAUUGCACAGAUUGCCUAUACCAAAGUUGGGACAAAUAUUAGGUCUGGUAGGAACGAAUGGAAUUGGAAAAUCAACUGCUUUGAAAAUUCUGUCAUCUAAGUUGAAGCCAAACUUGGGAAAGUUCAAUAACCCCCCAGAGUGGAGAGACAUCCUAUCCUUCUUCCGAGGGAAUGAGUUGCAAAUAUUUUUCACAAAAUUGUUGGAAGAGCAACUCACCCCAAUUAUAAAACCGCAGAAUGUAGAUUUGAUCCCAAAACAAAUUAAAGGCAACAUUUUAGACAUAAUAAAUAAGAAGGAUAAGCUGAAUAAGAAGGAUCAGUAUAUGAGUGCAUUAGAGCUGGACCACCUACUAGACCGAAAUGUAGAAGACUUAAGUGGAGGAGAGUUGCAAAGAUUUGCUCUUCUUUUAUCAAUAAUCGGACAGACAACAAAUGUAUACAUGUUUGAUGAACCAAGUAGUUACCUGGAUAUUAAGCAACGCAUAUCGAUGGCGAAAAUUAUUCACAGCUUAGUUAGACACGAUAAUUACAUAAUCGUGGUAGAACACGAUCUUUCCAUUUUAGAUUAUCUAAGUGAUUAUGUCUGUUGCCUUUGGGGAAAGGCAGGGGCAUACGGAGUGGUCACCUCUCCCUUCUCCGUUCGGGAAGGAAUUAACGUCUUCUUGGAUGGCUUCGUCCCUACGGAUAACCUACGAAUUAGGGAAGAGUCGCUAAAUUUUAAACUAGCCACAGAUCAAGACGUAACAGAUGAAGAUAAAAAAAGACUACACUUCUACAAUUAUCCAACUAUUAAAAAAACGCUAAAUAGUUUCACCCUAACAAUUGACAAAGGAAUCUUUUCCGAAUCGGAAAUAUUUGUUCUGUUGGGCCAAAAUGGAAGUGGAAAAAGUACCUUCAUACGUCUCUUUGCAGGACUUAUCAAACCAGAUAAUGUGGAAAGUCUAAGCUUUCUUGAGUCCCUUAGCGUUUCUUACAAACCACAACAGAUACAGGCAAAGUAUACGGGCACCGUUAGGCAGCUCCUCAUGUCCAAGCUAAAAGGGUUAUACACAGACCCCUACUUUAACAACGAAAUUAUUAAGCCGCUAAAAAUUGAAGGCAUCCUGGACAACCAAGUCCUAACCCUUUCAGGAGGAGAGUUGCAAAAAGUUGCAAUCAUCAUUACGCUGGCAAAAAAUACAAACAUCUACCUGAUCGAUGAACCCUCUGCUUACCUAGACUCUGAACAGAGAAUUAUUGUCUCCAAAAUUAUUAAGCGCUUCAUCCUUAAUACAAACAAAACAGCCUUCAUUGUGGAACACGAUUUUAUUAUGGCCACCUACCUGGCCGAUCACGUCAUCGUCUUCGACGGCCAAGCAGGAGUCAACACCGUUGCCAACACACCACAGACGCUCGUUGCCGGCAUGAACAAAUUUCUUAAAAUUAUUGACGUCACUUUUAGGAGGGACCCCACCAACUACCGACCCAGGAUAAACAAGUACGACAGUGUCAAGGACAAGGAGCAGAAACUCAACGGCACCUACUUCAUCAUCGACGAGUAA